CUCGUUCACUGAGAAUCAGGAACCGUGAGCUCCCAGAUCGCAAUGCCCUGCGAAUGCAGCCGGGUCGCUGAGCCUCCGGAGACCCCAUAGCUGAAUGAGAUACGCACGGGCCGCUGGCUAGGCUGAAAGCUGGCAUCCCUCCCUGCAUCCUGGAGUCACGAGACAGACCAACCAGGUGUCAGAACUCGGGUCCCAGGCACACGAGGGCAGCAUCGCUGUGCUGAAAGGUCAAGGUCUCAGACCUGCGCUCCAGGUAACCUCCAAGGUGCCGGGGGAGCUGUCCAGUGCUGAACCCGCAUGCGGCCUCGCCCAUGGGACUUAGACCCCUGCCUGCAGCACCCAGCUGAGCCUGGAGCCUGGACCCAGCUUCCCGAAGCUCUGACACAGAACGCGGGAGAGCGGGAUCAGCGGACUCGGAGCCGGACAUGGAUCUGCAGACCCUCGGCUCCUACCAGGGGGGAGCUGGCCCUGACUUCUAUGAGCAUGUCCUGCAUAAGACCAUCCUGGUGGGCGACAGCGGCGUGGGGAAGACAUCUCUGCUGGUCCAGUUCGACCAGGGCAAGUUCAUCCCCGGCUCCUUCUCGGCCACUGUGGGCAUCGGAUUCACGGUGAUGCUUCUGGGAGACUCGGGCGUCGGGAAAACCUGUUUCCUGAUCCAAUUCAAAGACGGGGCCUUCCUGUCCGGGACCUUCCUAGCCACCGUCGGCAUAGACUUCAGGAACAAGGUGGUGACCGUGGACGGCGUGAGGGUGAAGCUGCAGAUCUGGGACACCGCCGGGCAGGAGCGGUUCCGCAGUGUCACCCACGCUUACUACCGAGAUGCCCAAGCCUUGCUCCUGCUGUAUGACAUCACCAACAAGGCCUCCUUCGAAAACAUCCGGGCCUGGCUCACGGAGAUUCAUGAGUACGCCCAGAGGGAUGUGGUGAUCAUGCUGCUAGGCAACAAGGCAGACGUGAGCAGUGAGAGGGUGAUUCGCUCGGAAGACGGAGAGACGCUGGCCAGGGGAGCUGAAGUACAGAGCCGGGCAGCAGGCCGGCGAGCCCAGCUUCCAGAUCCGAGACUACGUGGAGUCCCAGAAGCAGCGGCCCGGCUGCUGCUCCUUCCUGUGAAACCGAGGGGCCGAGGGACGGCUCCCGGGGCCCGCGGGGACGCAGCCUUCUCCCCAGGACCUGGCUGACUCAGCGGCUAAGCCAAUGCGGGGAGAGAGUUGGGGGCCGAGUGCAAUUGGGGGCUGUACCCCCACCCCUACCUUAGUUCCUGUAGCUUCCCUGCAUCGCCAGGGAGGGUCAACUAUUUGUAUUUCACUUUAGUGAAACAUAAUCCAACACACACACACACACACACACAAAGGGGUACCAGAAAGCCAAGGUAGGGACGUGAUGGCCUUAGCCUUCUGGUAGAUACUAGGACUCGGGGGCUGGGCCUCCCUCCUAGGCGCUUGUGGGGCGGGAGGGCAGGCAGGGACCCUGUUCCCACCCUCAGUGAGGCUGGGGAGAGGCUGACCGGACCCCAGACUUCAUUUCCUCCAGCUCCCCAGGGGCCAGUCUCCCCCAGAAGAUGGGCCGUUGUGCCGGGAGCUAGACCAAAGCCUGUCUCUUAUCAGGGAAGAUAAGAGCUGUGGAGAUUGGGCAGGGCCCAGCUCCCGGCCUGGCAGGGGGAGGGGAGUAGCGGAGAGCGGGGUCUGUUUGGCUACCUCUGGCCUUACCAGCCCCCUCCAGGAGGCGCAGCCCUUCCCCUCCUGCUCACAAGCACAACGGGCGGGCGGGCGCUCGGGAGCCUUCGGUUGCUAUUCUCUGGGCCUCCCUGCACUCCUGGUUGGACUUUCCUCUCCGCUGUGCCCGAGAGUAGAUUCUCAGAUCCCAAUAGUCCGCAGGCUAUUUCUUCCAACAGCUGCAGUGCUUCUCCUGGGGAAAGGGCCGGUGAGAGGGAAACCCCUAACGCCAGAGCAGGUGGGAAACAAACCGCGCCCUAGUGCUAACCCAAGUGCUGCCUCUCAAACAGGCCCCAGGGCCGGAACUGCUCUCCCUCCCCCCCUCCUGAGACAGCUAGGGGAGGGGAGGCCCCCGGGUCUGGGUUAACCAGAAUGUGUGCGACACAAGGUUGCGUGGGGAAAGCUGGGGUGGGGAAAGGGGCAGCAAAUCACACGUCUCCCAAAGCCCUGACCCCAGCAACGGGAAGGGGGCAGGAGGCACGCAGGUCCCAACCUAGAGGCGCCCAUGCUCUGGCUCCCCAGGCCAGGGGCAGGGGAGAGGGGCGAGAACGAGGUGCGCACCGGGCAUGUCUGAGGCCACUGCGUCUGCUUCCAGGGCAGAAAUCUCGCGGUCGGGUCCGAGAGCGGAGUCAGCGCGGGCCCUGAUAAGGAAGCUCUCCUCGGCCUCUCCCAGGCCGAGCAGGGAGGAGCCUGACCUUGCCCAGGGCAGGUCUCUGGGGAUCCAGUCACUCGGGCUGCUCUGGGCCGCUGGCACUUUGUUUUUUUCAGAAUUAAAUUGCAGUAUUUUGGAAAGUA